AUGGGACAGCAGUUCACCAACACUGAAGGGGAGCAAACAGAGAUCGAUGUUGCUGAAUUGCAGGAAUGGUACAAGAAAUUUGUGGUCGAGUGUCCCAGCGGGACCCUCUUCAUGCAUGAAUUCAAGCGGUUCUUCGGGGUCCAGGACAACGUCGAAGCAGCGGAGUACAUUGAAAGCAUGUUCAGAGCUUUUGAUAAGAAUGGGGAUAAUACCAUAGACUUUCUGGAAUAUGUAGCUGCCUUGAAUCUUGUUUUACGAGGAAAACUGGAGCACAAGCUGAGGUGGACAUUCAAAGUGUAUGACAAGGAUGGGAAUGGCUGCAUAGAUAAACCUGAGCUGCUGGAAAUUGUUGAGUCUAUCUACAAGCUGAAGAGAGUGUGUCGGUCGGAGGUGGAGGAGAGGACCCCGAUGCUGACGCCAGAGGAGGUUGUUGACAGGAUAUUUCAGCUGGUGGAUGAGAAUGGGGAUGGGCAGUUGUCUCUUGAUGAGUUCAUUGAUGGGGCCAGGAAAGACAAGUGGGUGAUGAAGAUGUUGCAAAUGGAUGUAAACCCCGGGGGAUGGAUCUCAGAGCAGAGGAGAAAGAGCGCUUUGUUUUGAGAAAAUUCAGAUUUGAUACAGCUGAAGAUGUGACGCUGACUGCAACUGAGGCUCUUACUCCGGGGUGGUAGUGGUUUUCCUCUUAAUACAAUCUCAGCAUCCAGAUGAAAACUUCAGUGGUUUAAGAAGCCGUAUCUCAAUCUAAAACCCAUGUGCUGCACACUGCUGGUACC